AUGGGCUCAAGUAUAUCCCUCCACAUGCCGAAUGAGCCGGCUCGCCCAGCAAACUUCUCUCUUAGUAGGGUUACUAGCGAUUGCACUGUUAGUGACUCUUCCAGCUUCCGCCCGCCUCCACUCUCUAUUGUCAUUCCUUCAACGAAAUUUCCGGAAAACUUUGGGAAUAUUUGCUUCACUCUUGGACGAACUAAGCAAGACGAAGCUAGUGAGAUAAGCUCGGCUAUCCCGUUCCGAACUUCCGUACCAAAACUUGUUCCUCCGUACCAAUUACAGGGGGCGCCCCGAAUUACAUCAAGUAAGGAUCGUCGGUAUAGGAUGCACGUGAGCUCUGCGCGUCGAACAACUAAUGCUCAAGACCCUUCUUGUUUGCAGGAACAGUCUGUAAAGUUUCCACUAAAUACAUCAGAGUCGAUCUCGACAAAACGAUCAAUUCCGUUAUGCCCAGAUGUACAGCCCGCGCCCGUCAUUGUGUCUCCAAACCGACUGACGACCCUGCAAAAUGCAACAUCAGUGUCAUUGCCGUUGAAAAAGGUGCCAUAUACUCAGCUCCCCCUAAUCACGCAGAUAGCAAGCUUGCCCUUCCCUGUAACAAACUCUGCCAAGUCAGAGUCUACUCGGCCAAAAGCUACCCGGGUUUUCCCUAUCAUCACCGGAAAAAUGCCCGACAUAAUGCCCAUUACUACGUCGUCUACUCAGUCCAGGGCAACACUUCCUGCUGCGCAAAAACAGGAACCAGUUAGCAAGAAGAAGGACAGUGACCACAGUCAACUGGACUACAACUCAAUGGAGAGCGACGAAGAGUCUUACUAUUACUAUUCGGAUUCCUCGUCGGAAGACCCCGGCGAUGUCCAUUCGGCGCAUGCUUCCUCGACCACAGUGAUUGACUUGGAUGUAAAGAAUGAAAGCCACCUGACAGAAGAUUCUACGAUUUACAAGGAUACUCAGAUACCGAAGCACGUUCCGCUUAGCAACAUGAGGAACGACAGGCAAAACACUUCUAUAACCCCCAUUUAUAUACCGCCAACUCUCCCUCUGACAGGGGAUUCAGUAGCUUCACCACCAGUCUAUAGCGACAGAGCACCUCAUUCAACAGAUUUUCAGCGUCUGCGUCCGGCCCCUCUCCUCCCACAGACACCCUCCAGCGAUAGCAACAUAAGCCUGGUCACGCUUCCGCUGGGGCAGGAAAGCAAAGAUCCCUACUCGCUGAGCAGAACAUCUCUAUCACAAAAUAGUGCCACGACUACCAAUGAAUUCAGAGUUAGUGCAAAGACGCCAAGGACAUGUGACGCGGACAAUCCUUCAUCUCAGCAGAGUGUGCGACAUGCGCUGUCUAACUCUUCCAUACUACGCAAUUCCAACUUUCAGUCCAUCUUACGGCAAAACAAAAGCGUCGACUUCGACGGGAAGCACCUGAGUAAGCUUGGCCACACAGUUGUUACGGCUGACUGCCUUGAAAGCCGACAUGUCAGGCUAUCGCAGGUCGAGACUCAGCAUUCCACUUCAUCGAUGAGUGAGGAUGAUGCUAAUGUUACCUCUGGUGAGUUAUUUUCGGAGAGCAGGUACACUAGCAAGCAGAACAUGGCCAGUGCAGGUGUUGAAGCGGUCGAGAAACGAGCUAAAGGGCAACCAGCGACUUCCACAAAGGACCGGGUUUCCUUUUCCGGCCGGGACACCAUUGUUGAGUUUCCUCACACAGAAGGGGAGAGCCAUUCUAUCAUCAUCUGUCAAAACGAUAGCUCAGCUAAUCUUGCGUGUACACGUCUGAGUGGCAGCUCUAUUGCAGGCGAGCUUGGUGCCUCACUCAAGCAAGGUCACCUUUCUGCUUCGGCGAGGGAUGUAGUUUCCUGCUCAACUCAAGAAGAAAUCGUCCCGACAGUCAAGAAUUCACUAACUUCUAAUAGGUCUCAAGGGGGAAACAUCCUACCUAAUAACGGGAGUAAGCUUCAAGGCAAUAUGUCUCAGAACAAACUUGAGUUGUCAGCAAGGCAUCAAUCAGUUGGCGAUGUUUCUUUACCUGCUCGGAAAAACACUGCCGCCUGCGGAAGAGAGGAAAGGCAGCUUGGGGAUUUACAUGCAGCAAAUGCUUUCAAGCCUAAGAGCCGAGCGCAGUCGAAGGCGCCGCACCUCGCGUCUAGGCAUGAAACAUCAGCAAACAAUGUCGAAAUGGCCGACUUCUUAGGGUUAGAGUUUGUGGCAGGCGAGGAUACACAGUAUGCUAACAAGGCCCUACGCUCUAACCGUUCAUUUGUCAGGGCGCUGGAAAUGGUUCCGCAGAGCAAUCGGCACUCACAGAGCACAACGGAUUGUUACUCCGGUGAGAUAACCGUGACCGCACCCUCUGAGAUAAAGUGA